GACUUAUCAACAAGACCCUUCAUCAAUUUUGGAGGGAACUUCAACGAGCUGACAGAUAGCGAAGGCGCAGCCCAGAAACGCCUCGCGCCGAGAUGAUAUAGCCUGUAACUUGCGCAAAUUCAAAUCAGUGACGCGCUAGGACUAUAGAGGCACCUCGGGCGUGGCCCUCCAGAAUGGCGCCGACGUCUUUCCGCUUACUCGUCCUGGCGCUUGCAAUUGACGUGACAGUAGGAGGACGGCUACAGAAGUUGGAGCGAAGAAGUCUUCAAGACGGGACGCUACGGCUUGUGCCCGAUGCAUACCAGGGUCGCGUUGAGGUGCUAUACAACGGCGUGUGGGGCACAAUAUGUGACAGUGGUUUCUCCGACCGGACGGCAAAUGUUAUCUGCCGGCAGCUUGGGUACGCAGGAGGCCGCGCACAUUGGGGUGCCUGGUGGGGCGAGGGCAGCGGGCCGAUACAGGUGACGAACCUGCAGUGUAAAGGCACCGAGUCCGACAUCCAGGAGUGCUCUUCAAGCCCAUGGGGAGCUGAGUCCGGCUGCAGCCACGCCGACGACGCCGGUGUGGUCUGUUUCGACGAGCAGCCCGUUCGCCUCGCGGACGGCACAGCUCCGGGCACAGGGCGGCUGGAGGUGCUAUCCAUGGACGGGAUCUGGGGAAGCGUGUGCGAGCUGGGCUGGCGGCCGGAGAACACGUACAAGGCCUGCACGCAGCUGGGCUUCCCUGACAAUUUGGACGUGGCGGUGCUCGUGGGCGGCAGCGCCUUUGGCAGCGGCGACCUGCGGGUGGCUAUGGCGGACGUGGCCUGCUCCGGCUUGGAGCGCUACUUCGCGGCCUGCUCCUUCGCGGGCUGGGGUGUCAGCGGCGGCUGCGACCCGGAGACACAGACCGUGGGCCUGGACUGCUUAGGCACCCUUGGACACUCACCCGGACCUGACCAAAACCAGCCGCCGGAGGCAGCGGAGGCCUCGCCGCCGGACCUGCCGCCGCCUUCGCCCUCAGCGCCGCCGAUGGAGGGUGACGCGCCGCCGCCGCGGCGCCCGCCCUUUAACCCUGCGGGCGAUGGCGCCGCGCCACCGCCUGGCAACGAGCCCAUCGGUGCCGACAUGCCGCCCCCGCCACUCGCACCCCCUCCCAACCGACCGCCCUUGUCACCCGACACACCCGCCGCCGCCCCGCCUCCCGACAACGCGCCGGACGAAUGGUCUCCCCCUUCCGACAGCCCGCCUGACUCGCCCCCGAACCACGAGCCGGACCCCGGCACCGACUGGUCCCCGCCGCCGCCGCCCUACGUCAUUCCCGCGCCCGUGCCUGAUCCCUCGCCACCCCCGUACUACGGCAGCUCCUACCCCCCGCCCUCGCCGCCGCCACCCCCGUACUACGGCAGCUCCUACCCCCCGCCCUCGCCGCCGCCGCCCCCGUACUACGGCAAUGGCGUGCCACCACCGUACUACACGACAUCUCCGCCGGCGCCCGUGUACGGACCGCCGUACGGCAGUGCCCCGCCACCGUACUACAACCACACGCACAAGCCUCCCGCAGGCUACCCGCCGCCCGGCGGUCAGUCCGGCCACCAGGCGCCCCCAUUGCCACCUUUCCCCGCAGACGACAACCAAGGCAGCUACCUAGAGGCUGGCACGAUCGGCUUCCCACCGCCCAUCCGCCCCGGGUCGUCCGGAGCCCUGUUUCUGGAGGUGCUGUGCCCGCCGGGAUUCUACGCCACUGCCAUCCAGGUGCUUAACCAGGAAACGGCGAGCGGAUUGGGCCUGGAAUGCAUCAGCAUUCCGGCCUGUGCCGACCCGCCGCCGCCUCCGUCACGAUCAAUUAAGAUUCAUUACCGCGCGCCUGGCUGCGGUCCGAGGCGGUCGCGUAGGUCGCUCCGCGGCCUGGGCUCGGAGCUUGCGGCGGAGGACCCGGACAGUCGACUGAGCAGUGGCAGCCAGCAGGAGAGUAAUGGCCAGCUGCGGUCUAGCACAGCCGCGGGCGGUAGCGCCCGUGUCCGCAGCAGCAGUCGCAUGCUGGGCAGCGCGACAGACGUGGGUGCCAUUGUGGGCAACGCGUUUGUCCUGUCGACUGCGAGGCUGACCGACGGCGCUGGCAAUACCGUGGACCAGCUAGCCGUGUACUUUGGCGACCCCUCGUCGCCAGACUUGCAAACAAAAGUAGUUAUCAGGUUGAACUCAGAGUGGGUGGAUGGCUUCUCGGUGCCAGACUACCGAUUCGACUGCCCGAGCGGCUUCUCCGCGGUGCGGGCCCAGACGGGCGGGAUGUCGCAGCCGCCGACGCGGGUUGGGUUCCGCUGUGGCAGUGACGCGGCGGCUGCCGGGGGCUGGACGUCGCCGGAGCUGGGAGUGGGCGACUACGGCCCAGCCGUGCCGCUGAGCGAGGUGCAGUGCCCCGAGGGCUCGCGACUGGCUGGGCUGCUGGCUUCCACGCGGCGUAUCUGGGACGGCGGCCCGCUGCUCGUGGAGGCAUUCACCGCGUACUGCACCAAGGCGUGCGCCGCGUGAGGCGUGCGCGCGCCUAUGGCAACGGCGCACUUUGUAGUGCUUGGUGGCGAAUAGGGGGCACGAUGGGAGGGGCGGGCAACCACCGCAGUUUGCCGCGUUUGGCUAUUGGUUUGUUGGAGACGGCGCAGACGCCGGGCAUGUUUGCAUGUGGGGGUAUUGGGCUGCGGGUGGGCACACGAGUACAUGACGUGGUUGGCGUGCGGUUGAUGCGGGCGCGCUGGGUGUGCGUGGGCACCCAGGCGGUUGUGUGGGCGUAACGAAUGGGUGUCCAUGCGUGCGUUAGGGGAUGUGGGAGGUAGCAUUGAUUCAACUGGCGACCUCUGUGGGCCCCCCUAUAGCUAUCUAGUUGGAGAGCUGCGCUCUUGCCUUAAGCAGCCAAGUUCAAUCCUGCGAAUUGUCUGGGUCUUUGCACCGCGCUGAACGAUAAAAUGAGGUAACAAAUGCGGUACGUAGCUUUGCAACGGGCUACGGCCUGCGGCCGAUAAGUUGCGGGAUUCUUUCAUACUGUGUGUUGCCACACGUUGCCACUGGAAGCUUGGCGUCCCCUGUGAGCCUCUGCGAUUCCAUGAUAUCUGUACAUAUGAGUUGAUUCAAAGCGCCGAGGAUUCAUGCUUGACGUUGACAUACGACGGGAGUGGGACCUGUACAUGCUUUAUCCAUCAUGGCAGACGGUAGUGGCCUUGUUGCACUGUGCAAUGCGGCUCUUAAUGGGUUUUUUGUGCUGGCUUAACUAAUGGCUUUAAGCACUGGCGUAUAGUAGCUGUGCCCAUGACCCGGAACUGUCUAUCCGGAACAUGGACCCGCAUCCCAUGGGUCCCAUGCAUUGUCCUAGCUGUAAGCUUUGUCUCCAUCACUCUAGACACCAAUACACCCUCUAGACACCCACUCUAGACACCAUGUCGUCGCUGAUCACGAUUGCCGAGCAGCUGGUGCCUGGUGGCCCUGAACACCAAGGUUGUGUGUGUGUGUGUGUUACAGGAUUGGAAGUGUGCAUUCCUAAUACCUGCAACGAGACUAACCGAGCCGC